GCUGCGGGGGUCUUGGGGGUCGUCAUGGUUCUGCUUCUGGUCGUUCUCAUCCCGGUUCUGGUCAGCUCAGGGGGGACCGCUGCGCACUACGAGAUGCUCAGAACUUGCAGGAUGCUGUGCGACCCGUUUGGCACCAGGUCUCCAAGCAGCACCGCCACGGCGGACCCGCUCCCAGACGGCAGCCUCGUGCACUCUUUACCCACUUUCAUUCAGGGACCGAAAGGAGAUCCCGGUCGACCAGGAAGAAUGGGUCCGAGAGGGACUCCAGGUGAGCCGGGACCGCCAGGUCCAGCUGGUCCACCUGGGGAGAAAGGUGAACCGGGUAGACCCGGUUUACCCGGACCUCCAGGACCCAGCGCGGGCGCGGGCGCAGUGAGCGCGGCCACGUACAGCACCGUGCCCAAGAUCGCCUUUUACGCAGGGCUGAAGAAGCAGCACGAGGGCUACGAAGUGCUCAAGUUUGAUGACGUGGUGACCAACCUGGGGAACCACUAUGACCCCACCACCGGGAAAUUCACGUGCUCCAUCCCCGGGAUCUAUUUCUUCACGUACCACGUCCUGAUGCGCGGAGGAGACGGAACCAGCAUGUGGGCCGACCUGUGCAAAAACAACCAGGUGCGUGCCAGUGCCAUCGCCCAGGAUGCAGAUCAGAAUUAUGACUAUGCCAGCAACAGCGCUGUGCUGCAUCUAGAGCCAGGAGACGAGGUCUACAUUAAACUGGACGGAGGCAAAGCUCAUGGAGGAAACAACAACAAGUACAGCACCUUCUCUGGUUUCAUCAUCUAUGCUGAUUAGAUACCUGCUGCAACUUU